UUUUAUUAUAUGUUAUAUAUUACCUUGUUAUAAACAUUAAAUUCAUCGACAAAAGAUAUAAUAUUCCGUUAAAUAUGUUAGAUGUUAUCAGUAAUUCUUAGUAAUUUAUGUUUGAAUUACACGCGCGCAAGUUUUAUCGUAAAAAUUUCUAACGGCGCCGUGAAUGUACAGUUACAAAACCACUAGGAACAAUGCUCCGUUGAUUGGUGGAAUGUAAGAAUGGCCGUUCCUACUAUUUUAAAUUCGAGUUAAGGAAUAUUUUAUAAUAGAUCUAUUUGAAUAACAGAUAGCUUUUGCCUGAAUAAACUAUGUCUAUUAAUGUUACUGUUAAUGGGAAUCGUUUGAAUAUCCGCAGAGGAAGAAUGGUACUAUCUGAUUUAGAUCAAAUUAAGAAAAAUGAGCGUGAUCGUCGACGAAGGUUACGUUUGGAACAGGUGCGCCAACAAUCAAAAGAAAUAUCAGAUAGACUUUUGAAACGUACAAAAUGCAUAGCUAAAGAGGAACUUAGAAAGCUUGAAAAUAAUGACAAUUUAGGUUUGAAGCAAAUAUACAAUGGAAAAAUCAUGGAAGUUCAACAGAAAUAUCAAGAGGACAUGGCAGAUAUUGGUCAAGCACAUAUGUCUGCUGCAUUAGAACCAGAUCAUGAUGCAUUGAUCAAGGAGCAAUUUAGGAAGAAUCAAUUAGCAGCAUUAAAAAGAGGAAAAGAGGCAAUGAAGCAAAUGAAAAAUAUUCAGCAGAUGGAUAAUACACAACAACAGCGUCAGGAAAGAUUACAUCAAGUGAGAGAAAUGGAGAACUUUAGGUCUACAAUGGUAGCAAACCUUCCCAAGAAAACAAUAUCUGAAGAAAAUACUAUAUGUAUAUCUAUUCAGAAUGAAACUGAAGACAAAAAUAAACAAGAAAAGAUAUCUAAAAAGAUGAAGAAACAUGUUUGUAAGAAAUCACCUGGGAAGACAAAAACCAAUAUAAAAGUUGUAGGAAAUGAUAUUAAAAUAAGUUCUCCAGCUAAAUCUCCAGUUAAGUCUGCAAUUAAAUCUCCAGUUAAAUCUACAGUUAAAUCCCCAGUUAAAUUGAAGGCAAAAACAAUAGAAGAAAUUCAAGAAAAUGAUUCUCCAAUUCUAGAACAGCAAUCUAUUCCUAACUCAGUUAUAGAACUAUUGCCUGCACAAACUGCACAUGCUACUGAACUUAAGUUUGACAAUAAAACUUCUGAACAAAAUGUUCAAAAUAUUCGGAUAAAAGAUAAAACAACAAGGUAUAAUCCAGAUGACUAUGUACAAACAACUUCAGAUUCUACUAAUAGUGAUAGUUCUAGUUCAUUUAGUGAUGAUUCAUCAUAUUUUUCUGAUAGUGGUGAACAAUAUAUAAACAGAGAAACAAAAACACCAAGAUAUGUAAAAUGCCCAGCUACUGAUAAAGUACACUUAUAUGAUCAUAAAAAGCAUCAUAGUAAUGUGUAUGAUCAACCAACUGGUGUAGUUGAAAAAAUACAAGCAUGGGAUGAGCCAAGUGCAAUGGAUUUGGCUCAAGAAAUUGAACGAGCACAAACUGCUCAAACACGCGUAUUAGAAAGUCGUAAACACAGCGCGAAGAAACGAGGAGAAGAUGCAGUAUUAAGAGAAAAAGUACGUCGGGAUUAUCAGACACUUAUGCAACAUUUAGAUCAACUUACUAAUGAAGAACGUAAAUUAAAAGCCAGUCAAGUCGAACAUUAUCCGAAAGAUACAUAUGUACAGGAAGAACGAAGAAAAAUUUUACGAGACCAACACAAAACGAAAUUAAAUCGUGCACUAAAAACGUUAUUAAAUGAAGAACAAUGUACGUCGUACCCUGUAGAAAGACAAAUUACUCUUACACCAAGAAAUCAUGAUGAAAACAUAGAUGACUGUGUCAAUUGGGAAGAAUCAUGUUGCUUUAGUCAAUGUACAGAAACUAGCAAAAUUCCACAAAACAAAUGCAAAGAGAAUGGAAUCUCACGUGAAGAACAAAUAUUAGAUAUGUUAAAAAAGGUUGAAAGACAGAAGCGAUUGUUAUUACAAGAAUUUGGAGCAGAUUUACCAAACGACAUUUUUAAUGCAUCUAUAAAGCCCUUAUUUGAAAGAGAUAAAUCAGUUCAGACUCAGUCACCUACUCAAGUCGCGCCUAUCCAAAAACCUAUAUCGCCAGAAAUCACAGUGAUAAAUGCAUCUUUUGAUGAAAAAAGUAAAAAGGAUAAAACGGAUAAAAUAGAAGAAAAAAGUGAUAUAUCUGUGAAAAAAGUAGAAAUUGCUGUACAAACUAUGACAGGAGAUAAGAGUAAAGAAACUGUAGCUCAAGAUAAAGGUACACAAGUAGAACUGGUGCCACAGAAGGAAAGUGAAUCUACUUCUGUUACUGAUGAAAUUAAGACAAUUACAGACCAUUACCCAAUUGAACCAAAAAUUACGGUUAUCAGAGCAGGAGUAGACAGUAGCGAAUCAACAAGUUCUGAGACAAUAAACGGAAUUACUGAUAUUGAUGAAGAAAGCCCGGAAAUAACGCACAAAAAGAAAAAGCACGUUAUGAAAACAUCGAAGCCAAUUCCGACAAAAAUGUGUCACAAAUCAUGUUCAACUCGUCCAUGCAAACCUUUGACUCCUACAAAGAAAUAUUCAAAAUUUUUGUCAAAAUCGCAAUAUAGCAGUCCAAGAAGGUGUACGAGUACGGAAGAUGUGCCUAGUAAAAAGAUUAGAAUGUAUGUGGAUAAAAGUGGAUUAAAUAUUAAAGUACAGCCACCUCCGGUUGCAGAAAUUGCUGUAGAUGUUAAUACGCAAAGUACUCAGGUUUAUUCAACGGGCACUCACGAACAACAACAGGUCACUAUGAGUAAACAACAAUGGAUUCAAUCCAAGUCAAAAAGAAUUAAAAUAAAGGAUGUUUCAGACUCAUCAACGUCUUUUGCUAGUCCACCACCAGCAAAGCCUAAAGAUAUACUUGAAGCGUUAAGCAAUAAUAUCUCUAUUCUCGAACUGUUAGAUUCAUCAACAAACGAAAGCUUAAGGCUUUUGAGGAGAGAUGUUAGUCCAGUAUCAACACCUGAAACCCCAUCACCACGUACCAUGAAAAUGCCUUCAAAUAUACCUGAUCUAACUAGAAUUAAAAAAUUACUUAGAUAUCCAUCCACAGAUACUCAAACAUAUAAUAAUGAUAAUAAUAAUAAUAUUAACAACAAGUCAUCAUCUACCAAAAAUGAUUAUUCAACAUCAACAGAUGUAUCUCAACAUCAGCAAAAUGAUCGUCUAUUAUCAAGAAAAAUUAACGACGUACAUUUGAAAGUUCCAGCUUCAUUAGGAUUUUGUUUAUGUAAUAAUCCAGACUGUAAACAAGAACAUACUAAAUUUGAUGAAAUUCGUAAUUAUGCAUUAAAAAAUUGCCCACAGAUAUUACAAAAGUACGAAGAUCUUCAAACUACGUGCGCUGAGAGAAUAAUUUCUUUGACACAUCUUAUUGAAAAAGUUCGAAAUGAACAAAGAGGUAUGGAAAUGUCCAUGAUCGAUCCAUCUCGACUCGAUGAAACCAGUUUGAUGCAGUUACCUGAGCCACGAGAAAGGUCUGAUCUGGAAAAUGUUCAUAAACUUGUAGAAAAUAUAGAAGCGAUUCAUAAUCAACUUGCAAAAACAUUAAUCGAAUCUCAAAGGAUUAUUAAAAGCAAGGCAAUUAUUAAAGAAGAACCUGAUCAAAUUAAAGAAACACAAACAGUAACUCCAACAACCGAUGAUAAUGUAAUUUGCCUUGAUGAACAAGAAAUAGAAGUAGAAAAAGAAAGAGCCAAGCCAAAGAUUAUAAACGAGGAAAAAGUGAAUAUUCAGUUGAAUAGAUUCAAAGUACAUAAAUCGGCCCAAGUGUUAACUUCAACACCAGAACAUGAUACUAAGCUGAUGAAACAUUAUGAGGAAGAACUGAUAGAAAAAAUAUCGAAAGAAAUUUUGGAACAAAGUGAAGGUUUCAAUAAUAAUAAUUUAAUUACAUCAAAAGAAAUUUCAACUAUAAAACAUUCCAUACAAACUUCAACGGAUAAUGAUGGUUUUAAAAGUAAUAUUUCCAGAAUAGAAAGAAAUGAUACAACUACAAGAAAACAUUCUAAUAAAGAGUCAAAAAGGAUUAAAGAUUUUGUUCCAAUGCUGACUGAUCCAAAAGUAUCGAAAGCUGUAGAUAAUUUAGCACAUUCUAAUGGAAGAAGUAAACCACCAGUGAGUUUACUUAGUGGGCCAUAUAGGCCGGAAAUUGAAUCAUCAGGUCAUGAAUUGUCAACGAUAAUUGAAUUCGACACGCCGGAUACCGUAAAUAAAAGUCAAAGUCAUAAUGCCAGAAGUCCAUUAUCAGCGAAGAAGGUAGCAGAGAGUCAAAUAACGAAAUCUACUGCUAUAGUAAAGCCAUCCGAACACAUUGCUUCUUCGCUUAAUUUACAUAAUCAACGUGCAGAAAAGUUGUGUAAUUCUUCAGUUACAAAAUUAUCUUUAAAAGAGUUAGUAAAAGAGGCCUCGAUAUUUCUUGAUUCACCCAAAACAUCUAAAAAUAUAGGAAAUCAAAAUUUAAUGGGAAGUAAAAACGAAGGAAGAGAAGAUAUUGCCGAGGAGAUGAACGAUAGAAAAUUACAGCGUAACACGGUUAAUCAAAAAUCAUCGCAGAUAGAGGAAUUGCAGCUUUUUUAUCCUAGUACUGAUGCAAAUAACGAAUGUAAAGAUAAUAAGGAUAAAAUCACAUCUACAAGUUCAAAUAGUUUUUCCGAAUUAUCGGGUGUUUCACAAAUAGCAAGUACCCCAUCUUCUACUAUAUUAAAAUAUGCAUCAUCUCCGGAAGAAAUGGAAAUUGCUCUUAAAAAACUUGGUCUAGGUUGGGCGAUUACGACGUUGAAAAAAACACGCGAGGCAAGUGCUUUGAGCUCAUCAUCGAAUUCUGAUGUAACACCGAUGAAUACUGCUAAAAGAAUAUCACCUGUUAAGAAACAAUUCGAUAGUAAUUACGGAUUACCAGAUUUUAGUGAUGUGUCUUCGAUAUCUAUUAAAGAAGCUAGUAAAAGUACAGAGCAAGCAGUUCUCUUAAAAGGUAGAACUUCUACGCCAAAGCUGCAAAACUCGAAUUCUAAUAGCGAGAGGACGAAUUCAAUUAACACAAAUAUAUCUGAAAAUUUUCAAGAACCUGACAAUGGUUUAAUAAUUUCAAAUAUAUCUCUUACAAAGACGAAAUCUAGCAUUAAAAAGUUAGAAAAUCUAUGAUGUAUUUUUAUACUUUUAUCUAGUAACAUUUAUUCUAAAUAUUUAAAAAUAUACAAUGAAUUAGUGAAAAAUCAGUUUAAAAUUUUGCUUCUUGUUAGUACCAUUGAUUCACUGGUAGACUGCACCACUGUAUACAAAGUAGAGCACUGCACUAAUUUCCUGUAAUUCUACAUAGAUAAUUUCUGAGAAUUUCAGCUUCAAUUUAAUUCCUGAAUAGUUCAAGAAUUCGCCUUAUAGACCGAAAAAUAUAAUUUAGUAAAUUUCUCAUAAAGAAAUUAAUUCCGCGUUAUUACGUUAUUAUUAUGUUAUAAUGUAUUACGUUAUAUAAUAUUACGUUACAUUGUAUUACGUUAUAAUGUAUUACGUUAUAUAGUACUACGUUAUAAUGUAUUACGUUAUAUAAUAUUACGUUACAUUGUGUUACGUUAUAAUGUAUUACGGUAUAUUGUAUUACGAUAUUUUAUAUUACGUUAUAUUAUAUUACGUUUUGCCCUUCGUACAAAUACUGGGCAGAAGGCGUAUGUUACCAUGAUCGCGGACGGAUAUAAAAACGAGCAUAGUGGGGAUAUCGAAAGAUGACAAAGGAAAGCAAGUGGAUCAAAAGAGCAGUUGUAAGUAGGCAGUCGUCAGUAGGAGUCGCGAGUCGAGAGUUGUGAAGUUGCUAGUAAAGCAAAUAAAUAAACUGUUGAACAAAGCGCCGAGUAUUCAUUAGGCACCUUUCACGUUCUACAUCUCAUUCAUAUUGUAUUACGUUAUAUAGUAUUACUUUGUAUUUUAUUACGUUAUAUCAUAACACGCUAUAUUAUAUUACAUUAUAAUGUAUUACGUUAUAUUAUAUUACGUUAUAAUGUAUUACGAUGUAAUGUAUCACGUUAUGUAGUAUUACGUUGUAGUAUAUAACGUUAUCUUGUAUUACGUUAUAUAGAAUUACGUUAUAAUGUAUUACGAUGUAAUGUAUUAUGUCAUAUAUUGUAGUAUUACGUUAUAUAGUAUUUCGUUGUCCAUGGAUUAAACGAUUUUUAAAACUUGCUUAUAACUAAAACACUGGGGAGAGAAUAUUCAUAUGAAACUAAUCUUUAUUAAUUCUUUAUUCUAAUUAAUUAUUAUUAUAUUAAUUCAUUAAUUCUUUCUCUUCCUGUCCUAAACUUUCAUUUGAACGUUCAAAAAUUGAAAAAUUAUGCCUAGCAACCAAAUAAUUUGGAUUUCUUAAUUUUGCUACCUAUCGAUUGAACAUAAUUAAAUAUUGCACAUCUACACUUCAGUCGCAAAUAUCUUAAGAUUGAAUGAUGGAAACAAUAUGAUUAUUAAGGUAUUAAAGAAUAAGGGAUUAAACAAUGUGAUCAUUGAAUUUGUUCUUUCAUGCUCUACAAGGAUAUUGAAAAAUAAACAUAGGAUUUUAUUUAAAAAAUGGUGAUUACCUUGAAAUACUGUCACUUUGUUCUAAGAAGUUUUUUCACAUAAUAAUAAAUAAGGCAGAUAUUUAGCAAUAGGUUAUUUUUAGGAAAUAUAAAAUGAUGAAUUUUUUAAAAUGGCAUAUAUUUAUCACUUCCAUUCCAAUAUAGGAAAAUAUAUUUAUAUAUAUAAUUCUUUUGUACAAUGUCUCAAAAGUAUAAAGGCUAUGUAUUUUUAAUCGCAAUAGCUGCUUUAACAAUUCCUUUUUCUUUUUAAUAAAAAUAUUGUAACAUUUGGUGAAUAUUUCACUUUGUAUAUAUCAUUAUUACAUCAUUAAUAUUACAUAAUAAAAUAAUUUGGUUUAUCAUCUCGUGUCUCUUCUGUACCAAUAUUUAUUACUUUGUAGUAUUAUACAGGUAUUACGCACGUUAAAUGUAAAAUUAUAUUUUAAAUUUGUUAUUGCACUCUUAACGAGUCCCAGAAAAAUGUUAACGCUGCAAUUAUUUAACAUUGUGAUAUAGAAUAGAUUUUUUUAUACAAAUACGUUAACUACUUAUGUAUAAUAAAUACAAUUAGUGCUUGUAUGAUUUUGAUGUAUACAAUUAUCAAUUAGUACUUUAAGCGAUUAUAUGUAUAUCGUACAAUUGCACGAAGAUGAUUAUCGUUAACCUUUCUCAUAAAGGCAUAUUUAAAAAAAAUUUUAACAAUUUAAGUUAUAAAUAUUCGUGACAUCAUAAAUUAAAUA